AUGGCCAUCCCCCAGAAGUCUUCGUACUACGAUCGCAACCUCCGCCAAGGUCCCGCCCUCCUCCGAGCCCGCAAACCCUAUCUCGCAAAGAAUCUCGCUGUCGGUGCCGGACUUUGGUGCUUUGUUGGCGCAGUGUACUGGUACACGAUCAAGGCGGUCGGCCAGGACGAAUUUGAAGAUGUCAAGGUCCCCGAUACCCCGAGGCAACAGGCCAAGUCCAGCUAG